AUGUCGAACAUCCCGCAUCCCGGCCUUUUCCCCGAAUCAUCGGCGCCAUCUCCAGCUUCCCACUACUUUUCCAACUUGGCGGCUUGCGUCCCAGCAUCCACCUUGGUUGCGCUUUUGUACCGAGCGGCUUCCCAUGAGGACAACAACAAUCUCAUCCCGCUUAUAAUUGCUCUUGGAGUUACUUCAAUUAGCUGGAUAGUCGGGAACAUGGUCGACAUGAAUCUAUCCGCCGGCGCGAUGCAGCUCUGGCUUCUCAAUUCGGCCACGCAGCGCCAUCUGAAUUCAAUUUCCAUAAUGGCGAAGAGCAUCGAGGCGGAGGAGCCCGACAACGCACUGGUCCAAAGCCUGCCGUUGCGGCUUUGCGAAUUGAGGGAAGAGCAGGUGGCGGCAGAGCGGGAGGGCGGCCUGUUUGCGAUGCGCUCCGACGGGCCACAGGUGCGAAGCCAGCAGAAAGUCUGCAACGAGCUGGAAGUCAUGUGUCUCGAGGUGGAAGUGGAGCUUCGGGCCACCACGAAGCGCGGGCUCGAGCGCUAUGUUGCCUCUUUGGGGAAGCUGGAGGAGUGA